GAUUUGCAGGGACAUGAAAGAAGAAGUAUGUAAUGCGGUGUCCCUGCAUGCCGUACCGCCAGACCGGAAAUCUUAACUAACAUAUCAGUCAAUCACCAGCACAAAAGGCUUCCGGUGUGAACUCAUCCCUAUCAGCGGCGACCAGGGAUCCAUCACUGCAUAUGCGCCUCCGCCGUAAUGGAUAUCGUAUGUGCGCACUGCGCACUCCAGCCUUGAUGAUUCUGCGGUACACACGCCUGGCACUGUGAUCCACGGUAGAAAUUGGAUUACCGGCUUGACCGUUAUUUUGGCAAAACAGAGUAGCAUGUUGGGUUGUGUAUGUGUUCCCCGGCGUUCAGAGUGGCUUGGCACAAUUGCAAACGAUUUCAUGUGUUUCAUGUGUCUUAAAUAAGCGUCGCGCUGGCACCCAUUCGGCAAAUCCAGGCGCUCAUGUUAUUUGCGCUUGGCGGAAAAAAAGGAUCUGAAAAGUUUUUAUCAGGAGGAUUAAUCCAUGCUGUGAGUUUGUAUUUUCCGGUUUACUGUCGACUGAUGUCACUUUCGCGCUCGCUGCUAUUCGGGACGCGUAUGUGUGUGUAUCGAUUUGUGCUGCGCGUAUGUAACCCACAAAUAAACUGAUAAAAUGCUUUAUUUAUGGGAGUAUGAUGAUAUGCCGAUAUUAUCAUGAUACGGACAUCCGAUCAUAACCAUUAUGACCAACAAUACCACACAUGCGUACCAUGGUUAUUUCGUUACACCACAAGGCGUUUUCGGUGGCAUUGCCGUGCCGAAAUACUAUACAUGGGAAUUACGGGAAGAUGACUGUCAUCGUGUACAUAAUGUCACUAAUCAGAUUGUGCCGACAGUAUAUAUUGCCGUCGUGAUGAUUCCCGUUUUUCUGGCCAUGUGUACCGUGGGGAAUAUAUUAAAUUUGUGGAUAUUAAUUCACCAUUGCCAAAAGGGAGUUAAGCAAGUAUUCUUACUGGGAAUGGCUAUAUCGGAUAUGACCAUCAUGUGGCUUUCGUUUCUGCGUUAUUUGAUAUUGUACAGCAACAUUUUGGGAAUCUUUUUGCCCGACCAUCCACUUCUUUUGGGAAGCUACGGCGCCUUGACGUGGCUGCAGUAUGCUGUAUGUUACGUCACUGACUGGAUUCUAAUAUUUUUCUCUCUGGAGCGAUUGAUAGCGUUCCGCUUCCCGCAUCGGCAUGAUAAAGUGAGGAAGAAACGCAGCGGUACGGUGUGGCUACUCGUUGGAUUCGUGACCACGUCGCUCGUCAUUACGUGCGGCAUUCUGGUGUGGUUCUACCAUUGGUGGUGGUAUCAUGAAGAUAAAGGCGUCUACGUACAGCCGGAGUGGGUUAUUACAUGGAUCAGAAACCAACAAAGGGUCAACAUCAUAUUCCCGAUUCUCGUGUCAAUCUCUUUGCUCAUCACCAAUGCCUGGUUAUUGGAUUAUCUGAAAAAACAGCUAAAUGCCGGUCGGAAUCUGCAAGCCGUCAGCUUUAUGUCACGCACCGGCGAUUUCUUCCGGAGUCAUACGCGUCGUCACGACAAUCUGACCCGGAUGCUGAUUGGCUGCGUGAUGGUGUACUUCAUCACACAGAUUCCUGCCGUCAUUCACAACACUCUCGACCAUCUAAGCCAUGCACCGUAUUGCUGGUUUGAUCUCACCGGUUUGCACUACGUUGACCCGGUCAUCUCGACGCUGGCGCUGCUGAACUACAGCGUAAACUUUCUUGUGUAUUGCGGGGCAUCGCAUAAAUACCGCCAACUGUUCUACCAUGUGAUACGGCAAGGCUCCAUGGUCAUCAUACGGAAAUCCCGCGGACCCCCGGGCCGAAUUCCUCAAAGUCCUAGCAUGCUGUUUUCGCCCAGAAGGGAUACAUUGCGAAGAGUUUCCAGGCUCAGUCAGGCUGGCCAUAGUGAUCUGGAUGGCCCACCAUCCGUUUUGUUGUCAUCUGUACCGUCCAGGCGAGCAUCGGUGGAUCCAACGCCAUUGGGCAGUGCGACCGUCAACGCCAGUGGUCAGAAUGGAGACGGCAUUGUCGGGCUGCAUCCGCUAUACUCGCCACGCAGGAGCUCGGUGCCGCCGUAUAAUCCAGCGCAAUCUCCUAAUCUGUUAAACACUAGGUCGUUUCGGAAUCGUAUACAAUGAGUGACCUUUCUGUUUGUAUGACAAGGGCCAUGCAUUUACACGUUUAGUGGUAUAAUGGUACAAUUUA